UUCAAAAAAGCCAAGCACUUCCAGGUCACUGUAGAUUAUAGUUAGGGACGUCCCACUGGAGCUGCUUCCUCAGCCUGGGCUCUGUGUGCGUCUGGUGUCCCGGCUAAGCCUCACUGCUCUAGGCCUGCGUGGGGAACUCUAGCCCCCUGUUUCAGGCCUGCUCUGCUGGAGUCCCAGAGACGCAGAGGCAGGUGUGCUGCUGCUCCUUCUCAGACACACUGAGCUCACUCCCCUUCAUUACUUUUGCAUGGAGUCGAGAGCUGCGAAGGUGAGGCGGCAUGAAGACAAGGACAAAAUGGUGUUUGCUAGCGCUGGGUUUUGGACUGGGCCUGUCCCAGUACCACUCCCACACCCACCAUGGAGGAUCGAUUGUCCAUCUGUUUGAAUGGCGCUGGUCAGAUAUCGCUGAUGAAUGUGAGAGAUAUUUGGCACCCAGUGGUUUUCAUGGAGUUCAAAUUUCUCCUCCCAGCGAGCAUAUUGUAGUUUCCAAACCACACCGGCCGUGGUGGGAGCGCUACCAGCCUGUCAGCUACAAUCUGUGCUCCAGAUCCGGGACAGAACACGAGCUCCGGGACAUGAUCAGGAGAUGCAAUGAUGUUGGGGUGAAGAUCUACGCCGACGUCGUCAUCAAUCACAUGUGCAUGGCGGACGCAGGGGAGGGCAGCCGCUCGACCUGUGGCUCAUACUUCAAUGCCAGCCGAGAGGAGUUCCCAUCUGUGCCCUAUUCCGCCGCCGACUUCAACGAUGAUAAAUGCACCAGCGGCAGUGGAAAUAUUGAGAAUUACCAAGACAUUUAUCAGGUGCGCAACUGCCGUCUGCUCGGCCUCCUUGAUUUGGCCCAGGAUAAGGAACACGUCCGUGGGAAAAUUGUGGACUACUUGAACACUCUGGUGGACAUGGGUGUGGCUGGCUUUCGGGUGGACGCUUGUAAACACAUGUGGCCAGCCGACCUGAAGGUCUUAUAUGGAAGGCUUCACAACCUCAACCCGAAGUGGUUCCCCAAAGGCUCCAGCCCGCUCAUUUACCAAGAAGUCAUUGAUUUGGGAGACGAGCCCAUUAAAGCUGGUGAAUACUACCCACUUGGCCGUGUUACCGAAUUCAAAUAUGGCGCUAUGCUGGGUUCUGUCUUUCGCAAAUGGAAUGGCUACAAGCUAUCCGACCUCAGGUCCUGGGGCGAAGGAUGGGGAUUGAUGCCUUCUGACAAAGCCCUGGUGUUUGUAGAUAACCAUGACAACCAGAGAGGUCAUGGAGCAGGUGGGGCAUCCAUCCUCACCUUCUGGGAACCCAGGCUGUAUAAAAUGGCUGUGGCGUUCAUGCUAGCCCAUCCCUAUGGCAUGACCAGAGUGAUGUCCAGCUACCGCUGGGAUCGGCAUAUUGUGAAAGGAAAAGAUGAGAAUGAUUGGGUCGGACCCCCCAGUUAUCCUGAUGGCACCACUAAGCCAGUUCCGAUCGGUCCAGAUGGCGGCUGUGGAGACGGCUGGGUCUGUGAACACCGCUGGCCUCAGAUCAGGAACAUGGUCACCUUCCGCGUCAUAGUGAACGGGCAGCCUUUGUGCAAUUGGUGGGACAAUGGAAGCAACCAGAUUGCAUUUGGACGAGGUGAUCGUGGCUUCAUAGUCAUCAAUAAUGAUGAAUGUUUUUUAGAUGCCACACUAAAUACUGGUCUGACCGCUGGAACAUACUGCGACGUCAUCUCUGGGCAGAAGACGGGUGACCGAUGUACUGGAAAGCAGGUCACUGUGGACAGCAGAGGGAGAGCGCACUUCAGAAUCAGCAACAUGGAUCAGGAUCCUUUUAUUGCUAUACAUAGAGACUCCAAGCUGUGAACUGGUGUUAAAACUGAAUUAUUUCUAUACGCACAAACUCCAAGCUGUGAUCUGGUAAUGCAUGAAAACUUCAAACUCUAAUCUGGUAAUAAAAAUGAAUUAUUUCUAUUCACUCAAACAUCAAACCGUAGCCGGGUAAUGAAACUGAAUUAUUUCUAUUCACACAAGGGACACACUGAUCUGGUAAUGAAACUGAAUUAUUUCUAUUCACACAAGGGACAAACUGUGAUCUGGUAAUGAAACUGAAUUAUUUCUGUUCACACAAGGGACAAACUGUGAUCUGGUAAUGAAACUGAAUUAUUUGUAUUCACACAAACUCCAAAGUGUGAUAUGAUGAUAAAAUGAAAUAAAAUUAAAUAUCCAUCCA